GAAUUACUAGAAACACUGAUCUAUACAUUUAUUCUCUUCCAUCUCUGCAGACAAAAAUGACUUCUACAAACAAUCUGGCCAAGACUGUAAUGAUUUUAUAUGCCUUAUGUCUUUUUACCAACUCUGAUGGUAGACCAAUGAUGAAGAGAUCAGUGAGUGAGAUGCAAUUAAUGCAUAACUUUGGAGAACAUCGGCACACUGUGGAGAGACAGGACUGGCUUCAGAUGAAGCUGCAAGAUGUGCACAGUGCCCUUGAGGACGCCAGGACCCAGAGGCCUCGAAACAAGGAGGAUAUUGUCCUGGGGGAGAUAAGAAACCGGAGGCUGCUCCCUGAGCAUUUGCGGGCAGCAAUGCAGAAGAAAUCCAUUGACCUGGACAAAUCUUACAUGAACGUAGUCUUUAAAACUAAGGCAUAA